AGUGAAAGCGCUCUACCUUGAAAGCGUUUUGGGUCACAUGCCCAACCGAGAGCUGAUGGAGCCACAGGAAGGAGGCAGGAGUCGAGCCCCUCGGUUUGCGCGUCAGCAUCCACCCUUCGAAUAGCAUCUCUCUGCUGUCACUUCUGCCCUGCAGCCCGAGACCACUGCGACCCCCGACGCAAGCACUCAUUUUGGCAUGCACGCGUGUUUUUUCCCCUCGUGUGAUGCUGCAGAAGGGGAGCGAGGACAGGCUGUGAGGAGGCUAGAGCGUUAGGAGAAUGAUAGGGAGGAUCAAGGCGCGCUGUCCCAGGAGAACUCAUCCGAAGAGCCGGCCGUGAGAGCCCGGGAUGCUCCUGUAACGCACCGGGGCUGAUUUUCCCGUGUGAGUCGCAGCACUGGAGCUUGAGUGAAAGUGACGUAGUGAGCAAAGACGGAGUGGGUGUCAUGGAACACGACAAAGAAGCAAAUCCAGAAGCGCCUACCUACCAAAACCUGCUGCUCCUGGGAGCCAUCGCAGCAGCCUCUGCGUUUGUGGUCACCAUUCUCAUUGUUCUUGUCUGCGUAGGUUGCCAAAGAAAAAGCAAGAGCAAGCACCCCCCAGCUGGAGAGAAAGGGACAUCUGUAAAUUUGCAGGGUACGCUUCGGCAUCCAAAACUGAACUCCAUGAGCAAAUCUGACACCAGGCUGCAUGAGAUCAAUCGCUUUCCUUGCAAUGGAAACUCUGUUAGUAAGAGCCGCCCUGCCAGUAUGGACCUCCUGCUCCUUCACAGUCGGCGGUCCCAGACAGACUUAAGGCCAUCCCAAGGGCGCCAGCUCCCUCAGAUCCCCUCCAAUCCACAGGGAUCUGGUCAAGGAGGAGACACAGGAGGGGAUGGAGGAGGAGGAGGGGAAAGAGGGGAAGGGAGGGAGCACACCUACACUGAGGUCGGCCUGCGCAAUAAUCCCACCCCCACACACUACCUGGACGACGGCCUCUAUGAAAGCGUAGGUGUCCGGGAAGGUGACGCAGGCCCAAAAGCCCCCCCUGCUCCGCCUGCCUCCUCAGCCAACAGUCCAGCACUCAGAGAGGCUCCAAGCCCCCCAGCCAAUGCAAGCAGUUCUCGUCAGGGAAACGGGCAAGGGAAUGGUGUCAAAGGAAAUGGCAAAGGGAAUGGCACCAAUAAUGGAACAUUGACAGGAAGAGGUAACGGGACAAGUGGAGUAAACCGCUCCCCUCUAUCCUCUGUCAACUCUCUGGCCAUUCAAGAUCCAUCUUCAGCCGAGUAUGCUUCCAUACGAAAGUUUAUGAAGGCUGACAAGUUAAACCGGAAGGAGAAUAGUGGAGCUGACAGCCAAUCUGACAGCCAGUCGAGUGUGAGCGAUUCACCUUCUGCUGCUCCUCCUGCUCUACACCGCAGUCAGGAGAUCCCACGCAAGCCGCUGGAACCAUUUCAUCUCCAUUCUUUCCCAAAGGAGGCAGUGUUCAUGGGAAAUGGGGAGCAGUACAUCUGGAAACCUCCAGAGGACGACGACAUUAUUACCUUGCACCCACCGCCACUCCGUGGAGAGAACAUACAAGGGCAGCCAUCUCCUCCGACUGCAAAGGAGAUUGCAGACACCUACUCCAUCGUGUGUAAAUCGCAGAAGAAGAGACCUCCGAUGGAACACAACGGAGCAAAGACCCUCCCACGCUCCUUUGGUGGAGAAAAAGGAAACCAGGGUUCCCGAGGCCGGGGCAGAGGAGUUCAAGGCCAGGCUCGCUCCCAGGAGGAGCCGUGCUAUGAGCCAGUAGGUGACAGGUCCUGGUCCACCCCGGUGGCUGAGUCAGACCCUGCAUAUGCUAACGUUGACACCCAGCGAAAACGCGAGCAAGGGGGAGCCAAUAACAGCACAAGUGGGGGUAGUGCCACUCUAAAGAGAAAGAAGCUUAUGACCCAGCAGCAGCAACAAGCAGCACCAGCGGCUCCUCAAGUCUCAGGACCAAACGCUCCCCCUGUCAGAGGCCUCCCAGGAGGAGAGAAUUUCUAUGAGACCAUCAGUGAUGUAAAACAAGGGGCAAACAGCGCCAGCACUACCACCAUCUUCACUUUCAACGAUGGGAUGGAGAUGUAUGUGACUGGCCUGUAGCUCUUUGUUUGGCAGUGGCCUCUGAAUACUCUUGUACAGGUUCAAGAGGUCUUUCGGUUUGUCGAGCAACAGGUUACUGUAAAUAGACACAAGGCAGGCCCUCUAUUGUUAGUCAACUUGAGGAUCCAUUUUGUGUUGACAUCAGGUACAAACAGGGUCUUAAUUCAGGUUCAGACAUCCUUUCAUUAGUGUGUACUUCAGAACCAGCCUAAGCCUAGUCCAGCCCAAAUACUGACCAAAUGCUUAUGAACAAAAACAAUGGGGAAAAAAAGGAAAAUACAGCUUACGUGUUUUUGUCACUGACCAUAUUCACUCGCUUGUGCACCAUCAUUUGAGUUUUGUGUGAACACUGUACUUAAAAAAAGAGUACGUGGUGUAACUCACUGCCUAACACAAAUACAUUUUAAAUAUAAAGAAAUCUGCAUGCAUUGAGCAAACUCACAUGAAAAAAAGUGUAGCAAUUGAAAAUGGAUAUUUAUGAAGUGUAAAGAAGUCAUGUCACCAAAAAAAAAACAAAAAAAAACACACUCAUGCCUCAUCUCUGAUGACAUAGACAUAGACAAACUUGUCACAGACAUUUGCGGUGCUUCUCUCUUUCGUGUCAAAUGUGAAACGGGUUCAAAAGCACACUGACCUGCUGCCAAGCAGACAGCAUUGUGGAGCGCUGUGCAAACAUGGGCCUUUAUGUAAGCCUGCUCACAUACAGGAGUGGAUGACAGUUUUUAAAUCCAGUCCACAGGACUUCAUUGGUGGACCUGGAAGGUAUCAGUAACACCUUUCAUGAUAACAAUAGAAAAUGAGUUCUCCUCAAUAAUGGAACUUCAAAUAGAAAAAAAAAAUGCUAACUAAGAUUUGAGAAACAUCUGUAGCCUGAGGAAUGUUGACACACCCAACACACCCCCUCUUAGACACACAUAUUUAACAAAGUCAUGCAAGAUGAGUGAGGAGGACAGGGGCAGUGAGUGGCUUGAGCAAAAAUGUCUCUAAUUCGCAAGUGAGACUUUAUAACAGGGAUAAGGGAUAGACCUUUUUUUCUGUUCUAAAGAAAAAAAUCAGAAAAAUAUGAUUAUUAAAAUAUUGUUUAGUAUAAAAUGUCCUCUGGGGAUUGUAAAUAACUGAUUUUAUGACCAUUGUAAUUGUUGGACUGGCAAGCUGCAGGACUGCUCGGCCUAACUGUGCACUGGAGGGUAGAGGAUGUAUUGCGGCUCGGUUCUGAUUUACUUUCUGAACUCCAGUCAAAGCCAGAACCCCCCGCUUAGCUCACCGGAUUUAAAACCGUGGUAGAAAUUGUGGCAGAAUGUUUGGAUUCCAAAGAAAAUGAAAGCUGAGCUGUGGAUGCAUGAAAAUAACCAUCUAGUGUCCUUUGGAAGGUUUUCUAUUCUCCUUCUCCCCAACUUUGUUUCCACCCUCAGUCGUGAAAUCUCUUCCAUUAUAAACAACCUUCUUCCCUGUUUGCCUUGGGGAACAUUAAAAGAGGAAAAAAAUAAAGGAAAAAAGGACAAAUUUUGGCCUAAAAAAUAGAUUUCUAGACAAGGGGUGAUGAGCCUAAAAACGGCUCACUCACAUCGAGACUAACUGGUGUGUAGACAAGUUAGUAACAGACAUCUAUAAAUACUACUGUGUGUCCAAAAAUAUGUACAAUAUAAAUGCACACUGUAUUUUAAUGCACUGUUUUUUUUAGCUUACUAAUGAUAAUAACAUUGGUAAAAUAGCUCACACCACUGCCAUGAAAAAAGUAUGUUUAUGUUGUGGGUGCAGUUUUUUCCUGCUUGAUCAAAUAUGUGCAUGCUUUGAUGUAUGGAGAUAAAACCUGAUAUUGUUUGACUUAGUUCACUUUGUUUGCGACUCUUCUGUUUUACCUUUUUGUCGUGAUGCAAAGUCAAAUUCACUUUUUUCAGCAAUUUAGUUGAGCAAGGUGAAAGAGAAGGAGGUGAACAUGGCUAGCAGUGAUUGUUCUUGACUCUUUUACAAGGAGGAAUGGUGGAGAUGGGAGGAGUGUGGCAUACACAGCUUUAAAAAAGCUGGAUAUGGAUCACUGCAAAUGAACACAGAUGCAGAAGACUCAUCAUAACACGUGUUUGCAUGUUUUAAAUGCAGACGAACCCGAAAACACAAUGCAGUUCUCUCCCGCCGGUUCAAUCUGUGCAUGUUCUCCCACUCUCUCCUUGUAAUUUGUCCUAAAACCAGCACUUCUUCUUUUGCCUCACAUUUUCUCCCAUGCUGUACAAAAUAGGGCCUUUGAUGUCCAGUUCCAAGGGACUUUGGAGGGGGGGGGGGUGAUAUGUGGGCUGAGAAAGGGGCAAGGGUUGUGGGUCAAGUCAACCCUAGUCUGAUAUCAGCUAUUCACCAACAGCUCAGCUACCGUCUGAUAUGAGAAAUGCUCAACAGCUGCAAUUCCUUAGAAGUUCCCAUGGAGCCCCACUUAAACGAUGCAAAUUGGCAAUCGCUAUCACACUCGGUUAUUUAUUUAUUUUCUGUGGCUGUCACCUAAUGUGUCAAUUUUUCUUUUAUCCUGAGAGAAAGCACUGAUAUGAUAAACUUUAUUGAACGCUGUUAGACACUGAGUGUGACAGAUGUUCAUUGCACAAAUAUUAAGAUGAUGUAAAUGUGUAAAAUACUCUGUUGCUGUUCUGAUGUUGUUCUAUUGUAACAUACAGUAUACUUGUUGACUAAAAAAAAAGAUAUUAUCAAAACACAUUGUACUAUGUGGAUGCAAAAUGUUUCAUGCUUUCCAUGCAGAUACAAAUGCUGUUUAACUGUCUAAUCAUAUAAUUAUGGGCCAAUACUGCUGUGACAGCUGUAGCCAAUGUUGUAUGUUCUUAAAGCACAGGGUUUAGUUUGAAAAAGAAUAAAUACGAUAAAAUAUAGUGUGACAGUGCAGAUAUGCAAAAGAUUGUAAUGUUUUAUAUGACCCUUCAUAAAAUAUAAAAGUGAGUUUUUACUUUUCUAAUAAAGUGGCACAUUAUACCAUGA